ACCGUCUCCUACACAGCCGACCAAGUAGCAGUGCUGCUGGGGAAAUGCGGCGCCAUGAGCCACCUGCUGCAGGCCCACGCACUCCUCCUCAAGUCCGGCCUCGCCCGCUGCCCCCGCCUCCAGGCCAAGCUCCUCACCCUCGCCGCCCUUCGCUCCUGGGGCAGCCUCCACCACGCCCGCUCACUCUUCGACGCCGCACCUUCCCCCGCCAUCCCCCACCUUUGCGACCCCAUGAUCCGCGCCUACUCCCGCAGCAUCGCUCCCCUCGGCGCCGUCCCCGUAUACAACCUCAUGUGCCGCCGCGGCAUCCCUCCCUCUGCCUUCACCUUCCCCUUCCUCCUCAAGGCCUGUGCCCGCGCAGCCUCCGAAGCCGCCGACGCCGACGGCGCUGGUCUCUCCUCCCUCGCCCUCGCCCUCGCCAGGAAGGGCUCUGAGAUUCACUGCCGGAUCCUCCACCUCGGGUUUCAGUCUGAUGCAUUGGUCCGCAACUCCCUGAUGUCCAUGUACUCGCAUUGCGGCCACAUUCACGAUGCCCGCAAUCUGUUCGACGAAACCAGCGAGAAGACCGUCGUCUCGUGGAAUGUCAUGUUAGCCGCGUACCACCGUGUCGGAGACCAUGACGCGACGGACCGCCUCUUCCACUCGAUGCCCGAGAAGAAUGUCGCGUCGUGGAAUAGCAUGAUCACGCGAUACGUCCACUCCGGCGAUAUAGCUGCUGCGAACAGGGUCUUUCUCCAGAUGCCGCAAAAGGAUGCCAUCUCGUGGAACUCCAUGAUCGCGGGUUACGUCCGGGUCAAGAGUUACGGGCGCGCGUUGGAGCUGUUCAAGCAAAUGCGGGCGAGCAAUGUCAAGCCGACUGAACUGACGAUCGUGUCUGUUCUUGGGGCAUGUGCCGAGACCGGUGUGCUCGAUCAGGGUCAGGAGAUACAUUUCUACCUAAAUAACAAUGGCUAUAGGAUUGAAGGGUAUGUAGGCAACGCUUUAUUGGAUAUGUAUGCAAAGUGUGGUAGCUUGAAGAUGGCCAAACAACUGUUCGACACUAUGGGCUUGAAACAUGUGACUUGCUGGAAUGCGAUGAUCAUGGCUUUAGCUGUUCAUGGACAUUCUGAGGAGGCUCUCGAGCUGUUCGCAUCGAUGGAGAGGGAGGCAAGCCAUGGGGGAGCAAAGCCAAACCGGAUCACUUUUCUUGGGGUAUUGAUUGCUUGCAGCCACAAAGGGCUUUUAAAGGAGGGACAAGCAUUCUUCGAGAGAAUGAUCCAGGAGUACAAGAUUGAGCCUAAUAUAAAGCACUAUGGUUGCAUGGUUGAUCUGCUGAGCCGGUGCGGCCUGGUGGAAGAAGCCUACCAAAUGAUUAAGCAGAUGCCUAUCGAGGCCAAUGUAGUGCUGUGGAAGACAAUUCUUAGUGCUUGUAGGGUCUAUGGGAAUGUUGAAUUGGCAGAGAGGGCAUUCAAAGAGCUUGCUAAGUUGGGGUCUCCAAGUGAUGCGGAGUGUGUUAUAAUGUCGAACAUCUACGCAGAAGCUGAAAGGUGGGCAGAUGUUGGACGACUGAGAGCCGGGAUGAUAGGUUGUAGCAUUUCAAAGCUUCCAGGUUGUAGUAAGAUUGAGCUGAUCUAAGAGGCUAAGAACUUCAGGAAUUGACAUGUCUUGAAUGUGCUUGUUGAAUGGCGGCAUGCCGCGUGCAGGGCUUGAUUCUUGGUCCAAGAUAGAUACCAAUGUGAGUCUUCCAAACAAAUGAUUACUGGUUUAGUUUAGCAAAACUUGGAAGCAAGAAACCAUCAAUAUAGAUGUUGUGGAAUCUGGUUUUGGCUCCGCCACAACUGAUCCAAUCUUUGGUGAGCUUGAAAAUGGUUGUCUUGUUGCAAAAUCACUGCUGGUGAGUUCAGAAAAGGCUGGCUUUCGAAGAGCAUCUUUGCCUUUUGAGUUUUUCUCCGGUUAUUGGGAAUUCAUGAAUAUUGCUUUGCAUAUGCUUUAUCAUUUAUGGUCAAGUGAGAUGUAUUGGAGAAUCACGAGACAUGGAAAAGGCCAAGUUUAGGCAGCGAACUACUAGAAAUAACAUGAACCGUAAACCAUAUCUCGCGCAUCAUAUUGUUUCCAGUUCCAACUUAUUGAUGGCUCUCACUUGGUCCUAAGGAGUUCAACCGAAAAAUGAAAGAAGAUUUGGAAGAGGCUCUACAUCCUAUUUCAGAGAAGCUGAUAAUCAUAUUCUUAUGUGUUUAUGACAGUUGAUGAGGUAAAUGUUAUUUUAUCCUGAAAAUAGAUUAUUCACUAUGUAAUACCUCAUGCAAAAAGAUGCAAGUUAUAACUGGUUUUUUUGUACAACACAGUUCAAGAGAUAAGAUUGAAAAACCUUCCUAGAAAUGCUUAAGCAUUGCUUUUUAGUUCU